UCGCGGGGGCGGGGGUUCCCGGCGUCCAAUGGCGAGGCCAGAGCAUUUUAGGAAGUGCUUGACUUCGCUGCUGGGGGAAGGCGCCUCGCCGGAAAGUCCGCUGGCGAGUCUGCGGCGCGCGGUCGCACCGAGUGGCCCCUGAUGGGCGGACAGGUAAGCGCUUCUGGCAACUUCCAGGGCUGCGGCACAAAUGCAGACUGGAUGUCAGCGCUGUGCCCCCUGCUCUGGGAUGUGCCUCUGCACCACCUGUCCAUCCCAGGGAGUCACGACACCAUGACGUACUGCUUGGACAAGAAGUCGCCCAUUGCACAGAGCCAGUCCCGGCUGCUGCAGCUGCUGGGCAAGGUCCUUCCCUGCAUCACACGCCCCAUCGUGCUCAAGUGGUCCACCACCCAGGUGCUGGGUGUCACGGAGCAGCUGGACGCCGGGGUGCGGUACCUGGACCUGCGGGUCGCGCACAUGCCGGAGGGUUCGGAGAACAACCUGCACUUCGUGCACAUGGUGUACUCGACUGCGCUGGUGGAGGACACCCUCACGGAGAUCUCAGAGUGGCUGGAGAGCCACCCCCAGGAGGUGGUCAUCCUGGCCUGCAGGGACUUCGAUGGCCUGACGGACAACCUGCAUGAGUACCUAGUGGCCUGUAUCAACAACAUCUUUGGGGACAUGCUGUGUCCCCGAGGGGAGGUGCCGACAUUGAACCAGCUGUGGACACGCGGCCAGCAGGUCAUUCUGUCCUACGAGGAGGCGAGUGUCGUGAGCCGGCACAGGGAGCUGUGGCCUGGGAUCCCCUACUGGUGGGGGGACCAGGUGAAACCCCAGGAGCUCAUCCACUACCUGGAGCACAUGAAGAGGUGUGGCCGCCCAGGCGGGCUGUUCGUGGCGGGCAUCAACCUGACAGAGAACCUGAUGUACAUCCUGGCGCACCCAACCGAGUCCUUGGAGAAGAUGACGCUCCCCAACCUGCCGUACCUGCGCGCGUGGGUGCGUGAGCAGUGCCCUGGGCCAGGCGUGCGGUGCACCAACAUCAUCGCGGGGGACUUCAUCGGGGCGGACACGUUUGUCAGCGACGUCAUCAGGCUCAACGACAAGCUGCUGCGAUGCUGACAUGGAGCACGGGCACGGGGGGGAGGGGGGGUCGCGGGGCAGGGUCCACCUUCCCCCAUCUACGGAGCGCCCCCCGCGGGUGACACCCAGCCUCGCGGCUCCUGGGGGCGGGAGUGGGAAGCACACACUGGUGAUCAGCAGAGACGUGUGGUCGAAUCCUCAGAGGAAGAAGGACCCGGAACCUGGGAUCUGCUUCUUCAGGUUUAGCAGCAGCUGUGGCUUCCGUGGGCGGGUGCCGUGGCUGCCGUGGGGCAUCCCCUCACCUGGGGCUGUGGCGGCAGCAGGAUGACCUAUGACACUUUCCCAGAGCUGCAUAAAGCCCAAAAGUACCGCGUCUGUGGGGUAGGGACUGGGCAUGUCCGAUCCACGGAGAAAACCACUAAAACGGGGAAGAGAUACUGUUGUUUCCGAUGAAACCACCGCACGUUUGCUUGUCCCCAGGCCACGGUUCCUGGGGCUGCUUCUCUGGCUUUUCCGACAGGGAUGGAAGGAGCAGAGGGCCCUCGAAGGAGGUGUUUGGCACUCACUCCCUCACUUUCCAGACGCCUCCCUGGUGCUCUCUUCGAGCCAGUGUGGGCCCGCACGCGUGACGGGCAGCUGGGUGCCCACCCUGGGCGCUGCCGUGGCAUCCCGGGGCCCGCCGGGAGGCCACCUUCAGGCAUCCCCGGAAAUUAGGCCAAGCGGUGCUGGGGUUUCCCCUGUCUGGCACACGUGCCACUCCUCUCCCAGGACCACGUUGGGCAGUGGUCAGUUUUCCAACAUCCUUGUUCUGUGGCUUCUUAGGGUCUGUCUGUCCGUCUGUCUGUCUCUAUUUGCCCAAGAUGAGAACUCUAUUUUGUUCUUUUCUCUGUUCGUGGUGCUCUGGCGUCUGGGGGCCUUGCGGCUCCCCCCCUCAGGGCUAGCGGAUUCCUAAUCAGAGACAGCAACCACGGGCUCGGGAGCACACGCUAUAUGCGAGCAAAGCAACGCCAUCAUCCAGCCUGCGCUUGCCAAGCCCACAUACAUGGGCUUCCAGCCGACCCCUGAGCUGACACGGGCACGCACUGGAGACACUGUGGGUUUCGGUCCAGCGAAACUGCAAUAAAGUGCGUCAGACGAA